GCAGGCUGGGAAGCGGCGCCAUAUUGGCGUCGGCCGCGCUGUAUUGUCAUAAAUAGAGCCGGUUUUGUGGUGUUUUCACUACUCGGUUGGAUGCCUCGGCCGUAGUAAGUGAGAAAGUGAGUGAGCAAGCGAGCUACAAGCAACCGGAGGAAAGUGGACAGGAGGAGAAGGAAAGAGCAAGAACUUGACUCCAGAGCGAAAGAUACUCGGCGGUGAGGGAGACGCAGGAAGCGAUGAAAGAGAUGUCUGCAAACACCAUGCUGGACAGCCAGCGUCAACAAAAGCAUUAUGGAAUCACUUCUCCAAUUAGUUUGGCAUGUCCAAAAGAAAUUGAUCAUAUUUACACACAGAAAUUGAUUGAUGCCAUGAAACCAUUUGGAGUGUUUGAAGAUGAAGAAGAACUGAACCACAGGCUGGUUGUUCUUGGUAAAUUGAACAAUUUAGUAAAAGAAUGGAUUUCUGAUGUCAGUGAGAGUAAGAACCUCCCACCUUCUGUCGUGGCUACUGUUGGUGGUAAAAUUUUCACAUUUGGCUCCUACAGGCUUGGAGUACACACCAAAGGAGCUGAUAUUGAUGCACUUUGUGUAGCUCCAAGACAUGUGGAGAGAUCUGAUUUUUUUCAGUCUUUUUUUGAAAAAUUGAAACAUCAAGAUGGCAUUAGAAACUUAAGAGCUGUAGAAGAUGCCUUUGUACCUGUUAUAAAGUUUGAAUUUGAUGGAAUUGAAAUUGAUCUAGUCUUUGCAAGACUGGCAAUACAAACCAUAUCAGAUAAUUUAGAUCUAAGAGACGACUCUCGACUGAGAAGCCUUGAUAUAAGGUGUAUUCGCAGCCUAAAUGGAUGUAGAGUUACUGAUGAAAUUUUGCAUUUAGUGCCAAAUAAAGAAACUUUUAGACUCACCCUAAGAGCAGUCAAAUUAUGGGCAAAACGACGUGGUAUUUAUUCCAACAUGCUGGGAUUUCUUGGUGGUGUCUCCUGGGCAAUGCUGGUUGCAAGAACUUGCCAAUUAUAUCCAAAUGCAGCAGCUUCUACUUUAGUUCAUAAGUUCUUUUUAGUUUUUUCCAAAUGGGAAUGGCCAAAUCCUGUCCUGCUGAAGCAACCAGAAGAAAGCAAUUUGAAUUUGCCUGUUUGGGAUCCUCGGGUAAAUCCAUCAGAUAGGUAUCAUCUCAUGCCCAUAAUCACCCCUGCCUACCCACAGCAGAAUUCUACGUAUAAUGUGUCCACCUCAACUCGAACAGUAAUGGUAGAAGAAUUUAAACAAGGUCUUGCAGUCACAGAUGAAAUCCUUCAAGGGAAAUCAGACUGGUCCAAACUACUUGAGCCACCAAAUUUUUUUCAAAAGUAUAGACAUUAUAUAGUAUUGACUGCCAGUGCAUCAACAGAAGAAAACCAUCUAGAGUGGGUUGGAUUAGUAGAAUCUAAAAUCCGUGUGCUUGUUGGAAACUUGGAACGGAACGAAUUUAUUACUCUUGCCCAUGUAAAUCCCCAGUCAUUCCCAGGAAAUAAGGAACAUCAUAAAGACAAUAAUUACGUGUCAAUGUGGUUCCUUGGAAUAAUUUUUCGGAGAGUUGAAAAUGCAGAAAGUGUUAACAUAGACCUGACCUAUGAUAUACAGUCGUUUACUGAUACAGUGUACAGACAGGCAAACAAUAUAAACAUGCUAAAGGAAGGGAUGAAAAUUGAAGCAACUCAUGUUAAAAAAAAGCAACUUCAUCACUACCUUCCCGCAGAGAUUCUUCAAAAGAAGAAAAAGCAAAGUCUUUCUGAUGUCAGUCGAAGUUCAGGUGGACCUCAAUCCAAAAGAUCAUCUCUGGAUAGCAAUUGUUUGGAUAGCUCCAGAGACACUGAUAAUGGAACUCCUUUUAAUUCCCCAGUGUCUGCAAACAAACCUUCCAAGCCUGACGUUCUUCCUUCAGGAGAAACAGAAAGGAAUAAUACUGAGCCUGCUGCUGUAAUUGCGGAAAAGCCACUGAGUGUGCCACAAGCUCAAGGACUGUCUAUCCCAGUCAUUGGUGCAAAAGUUGAUUCUGCAGUAAAAGCCGUAUCGCCCCCAGCUGUGUGCACCAUUCCUACUGUAGUAGGACGAAAUGUCAUUCCUAGAAUCCCAACACCCCACAACCCUGCCCAGGGACAGCCACAUCUUAAUGGAAUGUCAAACAUAACUAAGAAUGUUGCACAUAAGAGGUCCCAUUCCCCAUCCGUAGAUGGGUCUUCUAAGAGGUUGAAAGAAAUAGAAAAGUUUAUUCGACUUGAAUCAACAUUUAAGGAAUCACGUGCUCCUGAAGACAGAAAAAGAAAAGCAAUGGAUGCCAUUGGAGGAGAAUGUAUGCCUAUUCCAACUAUUGAUACAUCACGCAAAAAGAGACUACCCAGUAAAGAACUACCAGAUUCAUCAUCUCCGGUUCCAGCAAAUAACAUUCGAGUCAUCAAAAAUUCCAUUCGACUGACCCUUAAUCGGUAAAAGCAGUGCCUCCUUACUUAAGUGAAUAUGCAAUCAUUUAGUGGCAUAGAGCAGCCACUCUUUUUAAAAUAGAAGUGGCUGUCACACAUAUAAUAAGGUGAAAGUUACAGUCAUCAGACUAACAAGCUUGAAGUGGUUUUGAACUCUCACACUUUGACCUGCAGAUGCCGUAGCAUUCUCUCAUUGAUUUGCUACGUACACUUCUGUGAGGAUCAUCUGCUAUCAGAUUGUCAUCUACAAUGUUAUGGCUUUGCGUUGGAGGUUUUACUGCCUUAACUUUCGAUGCUUGUUUCUCUGUUGUGGGAACCAGUUCUCGGCUCUUUGGACAUGGAUAAAACGAGGCCAGAACUUUUUUUUUUUUUUUUUUUUUUUAAGUCUUAUGUUAUAAUCAUUGUAUAGAACUGAAAAAGUUGAAAACAAAAAAAUUGUAAUUUUCCAAAUGUUAACACAUUUACUUUAGCCUUGAAGCCACUUUGUGAAACCUGAGAUAAGUGAAUGUGAGGUAUCUUUUCUGCUUUCCUCAUUUGUGUAGAUGUACUUAUUGUCUAUUCUGUUGAUUUAAAUUAUUUUUUUCCAGAAUGGCACAUGGAAUAUUUAAAUUUUUAUUUUUUUGUGCCUUUCUGUCCAAAUGUUGCAUAGUUACCAGGGAGGAUUAGUCCAGUGAUUACAUAAGAGUUGGGCACCAUAAAUUCUCUAUAUUUUGCCUCCCAUGGAGGCCUUCGAAAUGCAUCUUUAUUAAGAAUCAAAAUGUAACCAAGAUACUGAAAGUCAGUAUAUGAAUGGUGAAAUUGUUACAUAUCCUAGCUCAUGCCAUUCUUGUUAGUUGACUGGUGUUUUUUACCAAGGAGCAACUCAUUCCAGCAUCAACAACGAGAUACCUUUAAAUAUGGCAGACUUGUAUUCUUGAGGUGUAAAAUUAACUCGGCAUGAUAAUUCUUGACCAUUACUUACCCCACAACUUCAAAUAGUUUCUUCAUGGACUAGGCAUGCAGAAAUAAGCAGUGGAUUUUACUGAAACCUAAGGCAUUUUUUGGACGACAUUGUUACCAACCAUUAAUUGGCUCAGGACCUUUGUAAUUUUUAUUUAACGAUAUGAGUUGUCUUUUUUUACACUGCUUUUUUCAAUGCAUUUCUUAAUAUUUUUUAAGUUUCAUGAACGCAUGCUCAGUUUAUUAAAAUCCAUAACCAUGUAAUUCUUCUUGUAAUAUGUUGAUUCAGUGUUUUGUAAAUGAAGUCGUAUGUAUUUUCAGAGUAUUUUUGUAUGUACUGUAAGAUACCAUCUUUUCAAAGAGAAAACUUUAAAACCUUUACUGUCUCUCUUUAAUUUUUUUAGAUGUGGAUUAUGCUUGAAUUACUCUUAAAAUGAAAAUGUAUAGAUUGCACAGCCAGGAAUGCUGGUAUUUAUUACUCUCUUCAGCUUUCACUCAGCAAUUUAGUAGGUUCUGGUAGGAAAAACACAAAUGGUACGUUUGAAUGGAGCAGGGAAAAUACUUGGUUGUAUAUUUUACAGGACUUAUGGGACCCGUUUAGCCCGUGGAAUAAUAGUCCAUUUUCUCUCACAAGCCCCUUACCACAGAGUUGAAAUGCUUGGAAUCCUGAUAGAGAGCAGUAUCCUUCUCCCACUCCUGUUCCGUGAUCCCUCGGUUACUGAAAUGGAAAUUCGAGUAUUUAAUCUCUUACAAGGGACAACUUAGAAGAGCAAGGAAAAAAUAGUUGUUGUUCUGCUACUCUCUUUUUACAUAGUAAAAGGCAAAAGUGAAAUCCUGUAACCAAGUUGUAGCUCACUUGGAAAGCUCUUCUUUUAGCCAACCCUUUCCUUUAUUCAAGUAUUUUUAAAUUUGUCCUAUAAAAACUCUUUGAGCAGAAGUAAAAGAUUAUGAAAGGACUAAAUAAUUUAAAAAUUCUUCAGUUAGGAAGAUUUGAUUAAAUUUUCUGUAUGUGCUAUGUUUGCAUUUCUGUGUUUAAUAUCUAGCUAUUUUCCCCUUCUUUUAUCAGUAUUCAAGUCUCUAAGAAUUCUCAUGUUUGCCUUCCUAUAUAAACAUUCUUUAGAAUGACUAGUAGAGUUUUUCUUCAAUAAGAAAGCAACAGGCCUAACCCUUAUACCACAGUAUAGUCAUUUCUCGUCUGUUCAGCAUGGGGUUGAGACACAGCCAAAUCGGUUGAAUGUUAGACACCUCAAAGAUCACAUUCUUCAACCUGUUUGAUAACUUGGGAGUUGAAGAGAUGCUUUUGAGAUGGUGGGUUUGGUCAGAAAUGAAGUGUUUUCUAUCCUAAACAGUAGAUAGAAUGUUCAGUACAUUUUGUGAGUGUAGUAGGAAAGCUCCAUUGUACUGGUUCCAAGUAAGUAAAAGGGGAAGGUUUGUAUUGGGAUUGUAUGUUAUGUUCAGAGGCACUAAAUAAAUGGGUCUUCAAGUUUGAAACUUACCCAGAAAUAUAUUUUAUAAAGUUAAUAACCUCCGGUAUGUAGACACAUGUUCAUUUUCCCAAGGGUAUGAAAUCUUAAUCUCAGUGUUCAGGACUGGCUCUGAAGAAUAGUAUGUAUCAAAGGAAAAUACUUGUCUGCUAGCUUAAAUCACAGGGACUUAAUUCAUUUGAGAGGGUACAUGGCUUAAAACCUUGUAAAAUUGGGGCAAAAUGAAUUUUAAAAGACUAUUGGUGCUUACAAUAACUGUCUUAAAGCGACAAGUAACCUUAUUAAAAUGCUUACUUUACUACAGUAGCAAUAAAGUACAGAUGAACAGUGUGGAAAUGGGCUAAACUUAUUUUGUGUUCCUCCGCUUUGAAAUAGGAAUUCCUAACUCGGGGAUCAUGGGCCUUUGGGAAUCCUUUGCAAAUGUAUAUAAGAAAUUUGUUUAUAUGCGUUUUUGUUUUGUUUUUUUCUGGCGGGGGCGGGGGAAUUCAUAAAUUUGAUCAGCUUCUCAAAGUGGUUCAUGACCCUUAAAAAAAAAAGGGAUGAUGGGGCAUUCUUAGGAACCACAGCUUUGCAACAUUGAAUUAUCCCAGACUCUUUGAGGUUUUUUCCCAUAAGCUUUCUCUGUUGUAGAUUUCUGAAAAUGUAGUAUGGCUCUUAACUAGUAAAGUGGGCUGUUGGAGGAUUCUGGAAUACCAAAUUUCUCCGAAUUUCUUUAUAUAUUUCAGAUGAACCAGUAUUUAGAUGAAUCAGUAUUUAGAAGAAUGCUUACUAUUGAAUUUAUAAAUGUCCUCAUGUUUACAUUCAUUAACAGGGUCAAACUUUAAUAACUUUCAACCUAAGAUUGAUCAGAGCAGAAUAGCUCAGAAUGAUCUUUAGAAAUAGUAAACAAUAGAAUUAAUCAGUGAGGAUCCUAAUCCUUUGGUUUCAGCAGCAUUAACGUUCUCUCUUGUUCCUUCAGGUUUGUGGUUCAGAGCAGAACAGUCUGAACAGAAAGAUAAAGAGAGAACUUUAGUUUUAAAAAAUAACGUGUUCUUAAAUAACCAUCAAAUCUUCCAAAGCUUAGAAUUUAGGUCAUAAUGAUAGUGGUAAACAGUGCAGACAAUGGAAGAAAACAGGUCUCAAUAAUGGUAACUAUUUCCUUUGGGUUUUUUUAAAGAAUUGUACAAGGUACGAUCCUCACCAGAUUCCCUAUUUUUUCUGAAUUUUACUGAUACCAUUUUAUAUCUGCAGUUGAACAUAAGAUUAUCAUCGGGUUUGCUACAAUUUUUAAGCCAUUGCUGCAUUUCAGCAAAGAGUCACAUAAUUACCUUAUAAAGAACUUAAGAUAUCUUUGAGGUAAAUGGUGCUACAUCAUUCCACAGUAUUAUGUAAAAUGAAUGCAGCUGCCGUUCCUUUCUAGAUAGCUGUUUGUGUAGUUCAUACUAAUAUUUCCUGCCUUUUAUUUGGAUUGUCUUAUUUCUUAGUUGUACACACAAGCCUCACUUGUCUGGAAUAAGUAAUCAAAUAAACUUGCUUUGCUAAA